AUGGUUGGUUAUUUUUUAAAAGAUAGUGUGAAAUUAGCAGACAAGGUGGAAAACAACCAGAUUGAUCAAAACAAAAGUAACAAUGAAUUGGUUCUAGAACAAAGUUCAAAGACUAAACCCCGGUUUACUAGACCACCCAAAAACUACGCCAAUCAUAUUCCUCUCUAUACAAGUGAGAAGAUAGCUAUGUUUGUGGUGAGUGCCAUUGGAUCAUUUUUACACCCGGAAAAAAACCAGUACAUUGUGGCAUUGGGAGAAAGCACUGCCAUUCCACCGUUUUUAAAGCAUUUACGUCAGCAAAUGCUUGACGAUCCUACGGGAAGACAGAUCUUAAGAGAUCGGCCUAAUAUUACGUCUGAGACAUUAAAUCUGGAGAAACUUGCCAGUUAUGGAGAAAAUACCUUCGGAAGAACCUACUAUGAUUGGUUAAAAAGAGAAAAGGUUUCUCCGGAUACUAGAGUUCCUGUUAGAUUCAUUGAUGACGAGGAGUUGGCAUUUGUAUUUCAGAGAUAUAGACAAUGUCAUGACUUCUAUCAUGCAUUAGCAGGUUUGCCGAUUACUAGAGAGGGAGAAAUAGCAGUCAAGUUCUUUGAGUUUCUUAAUAUAGGAACUCCAUUUGCAGGAAUGGGGGCCAUAUUUGCACCAUGGAAUAUGAAGAAAAGAAGUCAAAGAAGAAGAUUACUUAGUAUUUAUUAUCCAUGGGCUAUUGAAUCUGCGGCUCAUUGCAAGAACAACUUGAUUAAUAUUUAUUGGGAGAAAAUCAUGGAUAAAGAUGUUGGAGAAUUGAGAGAGGAGUUGGGUAUUACGAAGCCACCUGAUAUGAGGGAGCUAAGGAGGAGAGAGAGGGCAGAAAGACAUAAUAAGUGA